UAUCUUACGAAAACCUCCCGAACCCCUCUCCCGACUUCUCAUCUCUCGCCUUCUCCAUCCAACUCCUCCUCUCACGCCCUCUCCGUCCAACUUCUCUCCGGCAAACCCCUCUCCGGCGAACCCCUCUCUGUAAACCUCCCCUCCGAAGUCCUCUCCGUCAACAAGAAGAGGAGCUCCAGGAUGCUCAACAAGAAGAGGAGCUACGCGCAGUACCAUCUCGAAUUAGGGCAGUCGGACUUCCUCCUCCGCUCCUGCUCCGUUUGCGGGAUGAUGUACGCCCCCGGGGACGAGUCAGACGAGAAGCUCCACGGGGAUUUCCAUAAGAAGUACUACGAAGGAAUUCGGUUCAAGGGCUGGCGCGAUGAGAGAGUUGUCUCGACGCCCAGCGGAGGCAAUUGCCGCAUCCUAUUGGUUCUCGACGGUGACUCCCCAUCGCACAAGCGCAAGGUUAAGGAGGUGCUUACGAUCAUGGAGAAAGAACUUGGGUUCCAAAUAGUUCUCUGAGACGUUGCUUUGUUUAAUAAGUGGCUUGAAACUAUACUCUCAAAUGCUACGAGGAAGAAAUCUGGGGAAGACAAGCAGCUUAUCUGGUCCAAAAUGGGUCUCCCUAGUUGCCAUCCCCUUGUUUUCUUUGCAAUCUGCACCGGAGCUUCCUCGAACCCCAUUCUAAGAGUCUACAGUGCCAAGAAAGUGACAGGAGCUGGAGAAAGCCAAGAAGGAAUUCCUUCGAUCCCACGUUGUGGUCAAGAAAUCUAACAAAGUUUUUCUGCCAAAAGUCCUCGAUAGAUACGCAAAAGAGAUAUGCACCAACUGUGACAAUUCUACAAGCUUUAAUAGAUAUGCAAGCUUUAAGUCUAUCAAGCAUGUUAAACUAAAAAUUCUACAAGCUUUUCUUAGAAAGUUGGCAAUUUUCCACUAUUGGUUAAACUCAUAUUCUAAAGAACGUUUCAUUUUAGCUUUCUUUCUGCAAAUACUGUAUGCAUUUUAGAAUGAAGAAAUACUGUACUGUAUGUAUUUUACUAGCUUCUCAUGUAAAUACUAAUAUUACUUCAAUGUCAG